UUUUACACUUGUAGCCAUUUGUCGCUACAAUGUGGGGCCACACAUCCCAUGUGUUUUGCAAGUUUUGUAUUCUUUGGCUGUUCAAACACAUUGAGUCCAGCAAUAUGUUGAGAAAUGUCGGGAAUUGGCCGCGCGAUGUUGCUGCAGAUUUCCCAGUUGUGGCCAUGCGAUGCCGAGUGAUGGCACUGGCAUCAACAUGACCUAAGACAUCUGUGACGAGGCAAAUUAGGCAAACGGCACAGUCUCGCAUCCAUUCCCCGUUUCAGCCAGCUCCAGGCGCCGUUGAAGGACCUACAAAAAAGUACCAUAUUGUAUCCCAAAUAUCUGUCUUCGCUAAAACUCAUGCUGCGUCGCAGAAGUUGCGUGGUUGUGCUCUUUGAACCAUCAACUAGGAAAACAAAUGCUGUGCGAGUUCAGGGUUUUCAGAAAACUCUGAAGCCCUUGGGUGUAAAAACCAGCCGGAAGGAUGUCUUUGAUCCUUCACAAUUGAUCAUGUUGACAAACUGCCUAGUCUGCCACGCGUGGAAAUCAUAGCAGCUGUGUAUUUGGGAAGUUUAACGCCAACUCAGGUGCCCAUUGAGAUAUUGCAACAUGGCGGGACAGCGGUUGGACUCAAGGUGGACUCAAGUUGGACAAGUUGGAUGGGGACUUGGAGGAACACGUCUUUGGCAAUUUUGAUACUUUUAUUGCAGUUUUGAAGAUCCGAAAGCGGAACAUCCAAUCUCUGAAAUUGAACUUCGGCGUUAAAAGAACUCAUAGACUCAUAGACUCAACAAUUGACUGCAGUGGCUGGUCCGUGGUGGAAUUGCUGUACAAAGGCGCACAUGCUGAUGCCUUGCCAAAUUUGUCAGAACCAUGCUGAAUUGAUUGAAGCCAACAAAUUGAUUGAAUUGAGCCAACGAUAGACAUUUGGAGCUGUGAGACGAGCUGUGAGAUUACCAAAGCCGAGAUUAGCAUCGAGUCGGUGACAGAACCCGGAAGAACCCAACGGCCGUGGCCAACGUGCUAUCACACACAGACAUGAACGUGCCCAGAAUACUUUGAAUACUUUGAAUUGAUCUGGAUAUGUCUGAUCUGUUUUUCUUGUGAUUGAUGUGAUUGAUCUGGAUCCAGCCACCAUCGUACUGUGGCAACUGUGGCAACUUGUUCUUGUGCUUGAUCAAUAUGUUGACUUUUUUUGCUUUGCCAUGCUUUGCCAAUUGGCUUUCCUUAUGUCCCGUUUGGUGCAUUCCGCAUGGAACCGUCGUUGGAAAAAGAGACUUUGUUGGAUUGGCCUGGUGAGAUCACCGGCCUAACAGCAUUGUGACCCCUCUCAAAGAGGAGUCAAAACCCCAAGUUUCGUAAGAUCCAACCGAUCUGUGAACUGGAGUCCAAAAUCAAAAAAGGUCUCUAUAGCAACGAAAAAAAUCUGGAUCAUAGGGUAUCAAAAUCUGCACACAUGGACGCAUGCAAUGCCUGCAUCCGGAUGGUAACCGAAACAUGUGCCGACGUUUUUUCAGAAUUGCACUUCCAGUGCUUUUAAUUAAGAGACCUGGUGAAACAUCAAACCAGGAGUUCUUGCAUAGUUUUCUGAUGCAGCUGCCAGUCUACUUCAUCUUAAUUGCAGCUAGAACCCUCGUACCGGAAAUGUGGCAACUUGGCUUGUGCUUUAUCAAUUUAUGAAUAUGUUGACUUUUUUGAUUUGCAAAUUGGAUUUCCUUAUUUCUCGCUUGGUGCAUUCUGCAUGGAUCUGUCACAGUUGGAAAAAGAGACUUUCUCGGAUUUAAGGUAUCAAUGCUGCACACAUGGACGCAUGCAAUGCCUGCAUCCGGAUUGUAACCGAAACAUGUGCCGAUCUUUUUUCAGAAUUGCACUUCGAGUUCUUUUAAUUAAGAGACCUGGUGAAACAUGGAACCAGGAGUUCUGGUAUGGUUUCCUGAUGCAGCUGCAAAUGCGACAUGAUUGAUCUUAUUGCAGCUAGAACCCCUUUACGAGACAUGUGGCAACUUGGCUUGUGCUUUAUCAAUUUAUGAAUAUGUUGACUUUUUUGGAUUUGCAAAUUGGAUUUCCUUAUUUCUCGCUUGGUGCAUUCUGCAUGGAUCUGUCACAGUUGGAAAAAGAGACUUUGUCGGAUUUAGGGUUUCAAUGCUGCACACAUGGACGCAUGCAAUGCCUGCAUCCGGAUUGUAACCGAAACAUGUGCCGAUCUUUUUUCAGAAUUGCACUUCGAGUUCUUUUAAUUAAGAGACCUGGUGAAACAUGGAACCAGGAGUUCUGGUAUGGUUUCCUGAUGCAGCUGCAAAUGCGACAUGAUUUAUCUUGUUGCAGCUAGAACCCCUUUACGAGACAUGUGGCAACUUGGCUUGUGCUUUAUCAAUUUAUGAAUAUGUUGACUUUUUUUGAUUUGCAAAUUGGAUUUCCUUAUUUCUCGCUUGGUGCAUUCUGCAUGGAUCUGUCACAGUUGGAAAAAGAGACUUUCUCGGAUUUAAGGUAUCAAAACCUGCACACAUGGACGAAUGCAAUGCCUGCAUCCGGAUUGUAACCGAAACAUGUGCCGAUCUUUUUUCAGAAUUGCACUUCGAGUUCUUUUAAUUAAGAGACCUGGUGAAACAUGGAACUUGGAGUUCUGGUAUGGUUUCCUGAUGCAGCUGCAAAGGCGACAUGAUUGAUCUUAUUGCAGCUAGAACCCCUUUACGAGACAUGUGGCAACUUGGCUUGUGCUUUAUCAAUUUAUGAAUAUGUUGACUUUUUUUGAUUUGCAAAUUGGAUUUCCUUAUUUCUCGCUUGGUGCAUUCUGCAUGGAUCUGUCACAGUUGGAAAAAUAGACUUUGUCGGAUUUAGGGUAUCAAUGCUGCACACAUGGACGCAUGCAAUGCCUGCAUCCGGAUUGUAACCGAAACAUGUGCCGAUCUUUUUUCAGAAUUGCACUUCGAGUUCUUUUAAUUAAGAGACCUGGUGAAACAUGGAACCAGGAGUUCUGGUAUGGUUUCCUGAUGCAGCUGCAAAUGCGACAUGAUUGAUCUUAUUGCAGCUAGAACCC